AUGUCUCGCCUCAACUGGGAUGCUGGUGAAAUGUUAGAUGCGUAUAUCUAUGAUUAUCUCACGAAGAGACAAUUACAUGCUUCUGCAAAAGCAUUUCAGGCUGAAGGAAAUGUUUCAACCGAUCCUGUUGUUAUAGACGCACCCAGUGGUUUUCUCUUUGAGUGGUGGUCUGUCUUCUGGGACAUAUAUAUUGCUAGGACAGACGAGAAUCGUUCAGAAGCAGCAACAUUUUACAAUAAGAGCCAACAAAGUAAGGCUCGAGAAAUGCGGAAGCGACAAGAGCAAGAGCAUCAGAGUCCAAACCAGAAUCAACAAAUGCAAAUGCAGUACUUAUUGCAGAAGCAUGCUCAACAGCAGCAACAUAGGAGUGGAACUCAACUUGUUAGUGGGAGUGCUAGCAGUCCUAUUAGCAAUGACCCUUCGAUGAGGCAGAACGAGGCAACAUCUAAUGCUAUGGCAACAAAAAUGUAUGAGGACAGGUUGAAGCUUCCACUCCAGAGAAAUGUUUUAGAUCAUGCGGCCAUCAAGAAGGUUGAUGGUAAUGUUGGUCAGCUUCUGGACCCAAAUCAUGCCUUUUUGUUGAAAGCAGUAGCAGCAACAACUGGUGGACAUGCUACGGGACAAACAUUGCUCAGUGCACCUAGCAUUUUACAGGGGAAUCUUCAACAAAUUCAAAAUCAGAAUCAGCAACUUCCAGGGUGUACACAAGAUAUGAAUGCAAUGAUGAGGUCUCAAGCUGUUGUUCCUCAAGGAUCCUUUAUCGGUGUUCAUGGUUCAAAUCAAGGUGGUAGCAAUUUGACUCUGAAAGGAUGGCCUUUAGCAGGACUAGAUCAACUUCGUUCAGGACUUCUCCCGCCGAAUAAUUUGAUGCAAUCUCCAGAGUCUUUCAAUCAACUUUCACUACGGCAGCAACUUAUGCUUCAGACACAGCAUAAUUUAGUUUCUCCAUCUGUCAGUGAUUUUGAGAGCAGAAGAUUUGGAGUGCUUCUUAAUCAAAAGAUGGGUCUUGGGAAAGAUGGCCAAUUAAAUUCUGUUGGUGAUUUAAUUCCUAAUGUUGGAACACCUGCACAUAUUGGUUCACCUAUGUUGCCUCAUCCAGACUCAGAUAUGUCUCUUAAGCAACAAGUUCAAAAGAGUAGUCAGCAACUCCAACAAUAUUCAACACAGCGUACUCGUUCAAGCCAACAGUCUGAGAGUCUCCAGCGGCUAGAAAAAUUUGGUUCUAGCAGCUUACCAAGAAAUGACCAGGCUUCCAAAAGUCAAAUUGCGAAAAAGCGAAAGCAAGCAUCAUCUUCAGGUCCUGCCAAUAGCCCUGGAACUGCAAACACCACAGGACCAUCUACUGAUUCACCUUCAACACCAUCUUCCCAUGCAGCAGGAGAUGGGAUGACUGUGCCAACUGUCCAACAGAAUGUUCCUUCUUCAAAGUCAAUGCCUAUGUUUGGUACUGAUGGUUUGGGCUCGCUUACAUCAGCCGAGAAUCAAUUGGCUGAUAUGGACCAACUUAUGGGUGAUGGACCUUUGGUUGACAAAGUUGAGUCAUUCUUAUCUCCUGAUGAGGCAGAUCCUGAAGUAAGAGUUGGCAAAGGAUUCUCAUUCAAGGAGAUCAAGCAUAUAAUGGCAAGUACACAUAAAGUUGAGUGUUGUCACUUCUCAUCAGAUGGAAAACUGUUUGUUACUGGUGGCCAUGAUAAAAAGGCUUCUUUGUGGUGCACAGAAUCAUUUAACCUGAAAUCUAUACUUGAAGAGCACGCUCAAUGGAUAACUGAUGUUCGAUUUUGUCCAAGUAUGUUGCGUGUUGCUACAUCCUCAGCUGACAAGACUGUUAGGGUUUGGGAUGUUGAUAAUCCUGGUUAUUCUCUUCGAACAUUCACAGGACAUACAACAACUGUCAUGUCACUAGAUUUUCACCCUAGUAAAGACGACCUUAUUUGCUCUUGUGACAAUAAUGAGAUAAGAUAUUGGAGCAUAAAAAAUGGUAGUUGUACUGGGGUUCACAAGGUUGGUGUAACUCAGAUAAGAUUUCAACCUUAUUUGGGAAAGCUUCUUGCUGCUGCUGUUGAUAAACUCAUAUCCAUUCUUGAUGUAGAAACCCCGAGUUGCAGACUUAAAUUACAGGGCCAUAAUAACCAUGUCCGUUCUGUGUGCUGGGAUUCUUGUGGAAAAUAUUUGGCAUCUCUUAGUGAUGAUCUGGUUAGAGUGUGGACAGUUGGAUCUGGCAGCAAAGGGGAAUGGAUUCACGAGUUGAAAUCAUCUAAGAACAAAUUCAACACAUGUGCUUUCCAUCCCUUCUAUCCUUUACUGGUCAUUGGCUGCCAUGAUACUCUCGAGCUGUGGGACUUCGGAGAGAACAAGACAAUGACUCUGCAUGCACAUGACAACCUUGUAUCUUCCUUGGCAGUAUCAAAUGUUACUGGCUUGGUGGCUUCAGCUAGUCAUGACAAGUGUGUCAAGAUCUGGAAUUCCUAG